GAAAUUUCUUUUUAUACAGUUAUUUAAUUGUUGUUGUUUAAACUUAUGUUUAAAUACUGUUAGUUUGUUGAUUCUAAUUAGAGAUUUCUCCCUGAAAUGAAGUCUACAAAGACUUAUUCAAAAAAACGAUCUUUGCGUGAGUCUCCUAAAAGUUGCACUUCAAUUGGUCUAAAUAACCCGAAGUUUCACGCCUUGCCUAAAUUUUGGAGCAAUCCCAAGAAGCCAGAUAGCCACGAGAUUCUAGAAUGCUGCUUUAGAUCACCACGCGACGGCAAUCCAUCCUCGGAAACGGCUUUGCUAACUAUCCGAAAAAAUGAUACAGUAAAAGAAAUUUUUCGUCUUAAAAAAGAUGCAUCAGCCCAAGGUGACGAUAGAUUUUCCACAAAAGAUAGUAUGCAACAAUCUUCUGAUUCUACCAAAAAGUGUACUAAGUUGGUGUUAAAAUCAAAGGAAUGCCCUGACGAACAGAAACUAACGAAAAAUGAUGAGUCCGGGAAAUGUUGUGGUCGACCAAUCGUGUCUAAGAAUUGGAGAUCAUCUUCACCAUCUCCAAAAGACGAAGAUGAUCCGCUUACAAGGAAAAUACGUGACAUUCAUACGGAAACGCGAAAAAGUGCAGGAAUUAUACGAGACUCCAGAGCGAGACUGCUUGAAAUACAAAGGAAGUCUAACCUAACGAAAAAUGACAUGAAGGAAUUGAGUGAACGUAAUGAAUUACUUCUUCAUGAGAUGGAACGUUUUGAUCAACUUACUAAAAACAUACAAAAGCUGGUAGAUACGGAAGUAAUAAAAUUGAAAAAUUCAACCGACGCCGACGGUGCCAAUCAUCGAUUGAAUAACAUACGUGCAUGUGAUUCGUCGUGGUAUCACGAAAUGAAAAUGAGCCAUCCGACAGUACUUCAAGCUCCAUUCAACAGCAACGCUUCCCGUGUCACCUGUGAUCCACCCCUUCGAAGCAAGUCCGAAAUUGAUCUGACUCGGAAAUUGAAUGAAAGCUACGACAUGCAAGAAAAGCUUGUUGCCGAUAAUGCGGAUUUAGAAGUUAAGAGGUAUAUCCUUUAUAAGGAGUUAAUGAUGAAAGAUCAAAACUUGGAGACUUGUCGAGCUCAAAUAAAGAGGCUCCAAGGCGAGCUAAAAUUAAUCAACAAAGAGAAUUCAGCGCUUCAUGAGAGAUUAAAUAGAAAUAAUCCCGAGGGCGAUGCUACUGCGGUGAAACAAGAGCUCUCAUGUCAGCAAGAAAUAGAAAUAUAUACUCGGGACGGAAAAAAAAUCUGUGUAAAAAACGCUGAAGAGUUACUGGCGAGGCUCGAGAAUUAUAAUAUUAGUACAAAGGAUCUUGAAAACCAACUAGGCCAGCUAGAACUACAAAUUUGUAACUUACGCGAAGAAAUGGCUGACGGAAAAGCUGUAGGGGGUGCUUGCCGAGGUGGGGGCGGUAAAAACACAUGCUUUGAGCAAAUGCCUGGUGAUCCUCCCGCUCCACCGAUGACGAAAGCAUGUGGUGUCUGUCCUCCUUGUCCAGCGCCAUGUAAUCCUAACGCUCCUCCGACUCCAGCGGAAAAAGAAGUGCAAAAACUUACAAUACAACUUCGUCAAACAGAAGAAAAUUUUAAGACCAAAGUCACUGAGUGUGCAAUGUUGCGAACUGAGAUGCUCAAGAAGAAAGAAGAACUAGAGAAGGAAAGAUGUCAGCAUAGGGAGGUCCAGAACAAGCUCAGAGAGCUGGAAAUGAAGUUUGAAGGGUUGACCACUCAAACGAAUAUGGCGUUGGGUUCAAAGGAACAGGCAUUUGAGCAAGAGAUCAACGUUAGAGCACUAAAACAAUGCUACAGGGAAGCAAGGGAAGAAAUUGAUGAAUUAAGACUGUUAAUGAAGGAACAGAAUAACCAAUUGCAAGAUUAUCGAGUCAAGUAUCUCCAAGCUCUACAGAUAAUUGAAGAACAACGCAAACAAAUUGAAAUGAUGGAUAUGGAUAACACUAGAAUCAGUGAACAGAUCAAUCUUGAGAUACAGCGUGUUAAGUUCAAGUUUCAAGAAAAACUACAGGAGUUGGCUCCCAUCCCAGAUCUUCUUAAAGCAACACAGAUACGACUGAAAGACGCGCAGCAGUCGCAGGCAAUAGCUGAGCACAAUGCCGAGCAAUUGGCUAGAGAACUCAAUUGUGCUAGAGAAAAGGUUCAUGCGCUUCUACAUAACAGCCUGAAGCCACCCGAAAAACUUCCAGAAAAGGGCGGUGAAGAAAAACAAAUUGCACUACUGCAACAAAGAAUUGCGCAACUUACAGAAAUAAAUAUGUCGCUUAAGAAUGAUACAGAACGUCUCAAAGCUAAUGUGAUUCGAAUGGAAGAAUCCGUACUUGCCAACGAAAAACGUCUGCAUGAGAAGAUGCAUGAAUGUGCACAACUUGGUGGAGAACUUGACAGGGCUCGCGACGAAGCUGCUCGAGCACUGCAACGAGCCAAUGAACGUACGGAAACUUUGCGGAACUGUAUGCAGACUACUAUAGCUGAGUUAGAAAGGCAACUGGCGGCUACAAGGGCACAAGUAAAGACUGCAGAAAAGGAGAGAGAGGAAGUUCAACGUCGUAUGCAGUGCCAGAUACAGAGACUAAGUGAAAACUUUGAACAAGCCCAACUGCGCAUACUUGGCCUGAACACUCAAGUGAAUGCUCUCAGACAUGCAGUAUCCAGCACAGGCGAGGGGGAGGGUGAUGCUGACGCACAAGAAUGUGCUUGCAAAACUUUCUUUGAGAAUUCUUAAUUUGCUAGCUCUUAAUUUAUAAAGGAGGAUGCCCACAAAAUACCCAGUGUCGAUUAAAAUAGCAGUGUGAAUAUGACAAACAAAGUUUGAAACGAUUGUUCGAUGUAGUUAUCACCUAUUAAGAAAUUAGUUUUCUUAAAGUUAACUUACCUACCUACUACCUCUGACUGUUUUUAGAGUAACAUACUCCUAAAAUGAAUAUUUCUGAGAAACUUGAAUAUUUGUGACAUAUUUACCAUCUAUCGUAUAACAUAUUAUUAUAAUGUUAUAAAUUAUUUUAAUUGAAGGUUUCUAUGAAUUGUGAGCAUUCUCUUUGAUAUUAUUUUUCCGAUAUUUAUAAGUGAUCGCACGGCUGCUUGAGACUCAAAAGGCUCAAGGUAUGGGGUUUUUUACGUCAAUAUCUGCAUUUUACGCAAUUUACAUUUUUAGUACUGAAACUGCAUUGCGUGUGCAAAGAAAUUGUAAGAACUUAUCUGACGUUUGAAUACUUACUUUACUAUUAUUAAUUUUAAUUUUUUAAUGUAAAUUACCAACUUUCUGUUGUAACUUGAGGGUUGGAAGAACUCUUUAUUUAAAAAAGAGGUGUUUAAGAAAAGGAACAGCAUUCCAAUGUCAUUUUUCAUAAUGUGAAAUACCUACUUACGCAAAAAAAAAGUAAAACGUAAUAUUUUCUUCUUUUCUAUUUAGGUCUUGAGAUUUGUGCAAUUUUUGUGAAAGAAAUUACAUUGAAUCUGCUUUAUAUUACUUAUUUUGUCAUAACAAUGUAAAAAGUAGGUAUAGCUGAUGUAGUUUUAUUACGAAGUAGCAUCGCUCAUUGAUAAAAGGGGUUGCGGUUAUCUUUGAUCUUUUCAGUUCUGAUAACGUAAUUCUAUUGUUCAAAAUCAUGUCAGAGUGCUGUUUAAUUCUGGGCUUUUGUUAUACUUAUAAUUCUUUUUCUGAAUAUAUUUAAUCAUUUACAUAACAAA